AUGGAUUUGGAAACAGCACGUGCCAAUUAUCCAAACAGACUAGAGAGGUUAGAAGAAGAACGUCUUAUGGACAUGCCUUUCGAUGUUAGUGAACCUCAAGUUGAAGGACACGACGGCUUUGCCAGAUUCUACUGGAAACAUGACGAACAAUUGCAUCCUUUGAGAAGGAAAAAAGGAAAAGGUGAAGACGCACAUGCUCCCAUGGAAAGAACAAGAUAUGCAUAUGAAAAGUAUCGUGAAGUUAGAAGUCAAAUUACAUCUGGUCGAACCUUUACAGUAAACUUUGACGAAGGAAAGAACAAAGAAGGCUUCAUGGGAGUACUUGCUGCAAUUCAAGACGGAAAUAAGAAAGGACACAAUCUCAGAUUGACCAUAACAGAUUUGGAUGGUCACAUUUACUAUGCACAUGGCAAUGAACAAACAGCCGCAAAACUUCUUGACGCUUUCAAGACUACAAAGAGAGAACAAAUGGUUGACUCCGACUCAGACAUUUUGAAUGCAAUUGAAGGAAUUGCAAGUGUCAAGUUCGAAUGGUACCAACCUAACCCUCAAGCAGUCAGACAACAUGCUGGAUACUUCCCGUUCAUAAAUAAGUCUGACAUUGACUUGACAAGGUAUGGAAUUUACAAUUCAAUUGAAACAAUUGUCAAUGAACCUUGCAUUCUUACAUGUCUCAGGAACUCUGGUCUUGUUACAGAUGAGAAGAUGAAGUAUCUUGAGUCAUGUGUGAAGACAAGGUACAUUCUCAGAGGUCAAUUGGCAAAAAUUGCACCGUUGGCAAAUGUCAAUAUCCGAGUCAACAUACCUACAGCUAAAGGUUCUUCACAUGACGACUAUGUUGUUGACAAAGACUUACCAUGGUUGAAGAUUGUAAUUGUCCACAACCACUUCAUGUUGAACGAAAGUCUUACAAACCCAUUCUUUGGUAA